GUGAAAGUUGUCAUACUUCAGAAAGACCGCCUGAAGUAGAUGAGCAAGCUUUCCUUUGUACUCAUCAUUUUUCUGAUAUUUAUAUACUUAUUGACAUGUUAUCAAUUCCAUGUCUUGCCGUUGAAGCUUCCCAAACAUUUGAGAGAGCUGUAGCUCGAGGGGCCAUUGUGGCUCAGUCUGUAGCCAUGGUCUUGGAAAGACGUUUUGCUCGGAGAUUACAUAUGACCUCUCAAUAUGUUGAAAAUUUUCCGCACACUGACGUGGUUGUGGAAGGGGAAACCAUUGAGCAAUUGACAGCCCAGCAAGAUGAUUUUACUUCAAUUUUUGGUCUUGCUGAGACAUUGGCACUCUCUAGAGAUCCACGUGUAAGAGGUUUUGUAAAGUUGCUUUACACAAUAUUGUUCAAGUGGUAUGCAGAUGAGUCUUAUCGAUUGAGGAUACUCAAGAGGCUUGUUGAUCGUGCUACCAGUUCAACGGAAAGUGCGCGUGAAGUAGAUCUAGAUUUGGAGAUAUUGGUAACCUUGAUAUGUGAGGAGCAGGAAAUUGUUAGACUAGUCCUAAGCAUGAUGAGGGAGGUUGCUGAACUAGCCAAUGUUGAUCGUGCCACACUUUGGCAUCAAUUAUGUGCUAGUGAAGAUGAAAUUAUACGCAUUCGCGAGGAAAGGAAAGCUGAAAAUACCAGUAUAGCUAAAGAAAUAGCUAUCAUGUCCCAAAAGCUUAACGAAUCGGAGGCUACUAAUAAUCGUCUCAAGUCUGAAAUGAGGGCUGAGAUGGAUCGGUUUUCUCGGGAAAGAAAGGAACUCGCAGAACAGAUACAAGAAGUUGAGAGUCAAAAUGAAUGGCUACGAUCUGAACGGGAUGAUAAAAUUGCUAAGCUCACUGCAGAAAAAAGAGCUCUUCAAGAUCAUUUGCAUGAUGCCGAGGCACAACUUUCCCACCUGAAAUCACGGAAACGUGAUGAAUUAAAGAGAGUGAUGAAGGAGAAAAAUACUCUUGCAGAAAGGUUAAAGAAUGCUGAAGCUGCACGGAAAAGAUUUGAUGAGGAACUGAAACGUUAUGCCACAGAGAAAGUGACCAGAGAAGAAUUACGAAAGUCACUUGAGGAUGAAGUACGCCGGUUGACUCAAACAGUUGGGCAAACGGAAGGGGAGAAACGUGAAAAGGAGGAGCAGGUUGCUCGUUGUGAAGCUUUUAUUGAUGGAAUGGAAUCCAAGCUGGAGGCUUGCGAGGUUUUUGUUCUUGAUACUUCUUUUCCUAUUUCUUUGAUGCCUCGUCUUCUGCCUUAAUUAUGGUUGUGGUUU